CCUUUGAAGACAGGAUCAUGGACCCACAGAAAUAUAAAUGCCCUCUGAAGCCCUGGCCAGAAAGACCCUCCGCUGUGUUGCUCUGCAACUGCCCAGCACUAUGACUGUGGCUCUACCCUGCGCGUGCGCACUGGCCCUGGGGUGUCUAGCGUCACUCCUGGUGCCACCCGAUGGCGUCCUGGGCGAUGAGGUCCAAUUGCAGCAGUCUCCCGAGCCCAGAAUGGCCAGUUGGCUUGGAAGCUUCGGCAGCAUCAGCAAGUACAUGGAGAAGCUCUUCGGCAGCGGUUCGAAGAAAUCCAAAAACCACAAGAAACCCUCCAACUCCACCACAUCUAUCCCACCGAGCACCACCGUACAUCCCCACUUGAACGUGACGAACUCCACCACCGCAAAACACCAGCGAACCCCAAGCCCUGGAAGCCCUCCACCUCCAGCCAUAAGCCUCCUCCAGCCCGGACCUUGACCUCCAGAAGCCUGGCUGAGAUCUGACUACCCGCGGACCCCUUUAGACGGUGAGAUGGACCUCUGUUCCUCCCUAUCCACGAAGCACGCACAAUAAAGAGAAAGAGGGGGACUGACGGAUGGCCCAGGGGGAAAGGCACUUGCCGCCAAGCCUGUCAGCCAGAGUUCAAUUCCUGAUCUCAUAAGAUGAAGAAAGGACACGUGUACCAUGGUUCGUGUGUGCACACACGUCAUACAAACCACAACAACAGUAAAGGAAUGUACUAAAUAAAUAAAGUGUAAAAAGAA